GUGGGGACAACUAAACGCAGGCUGCGAGCUCGCGGCCUGGUGUCCUGCACUGGUGGUCCAGAUGAAGCUGCUAUGGCAUUCUCGGCCGUCCGACUACUCCUGGAGCCACGUUUCAGCAAACGGCUGGCCUAUACCAUAGCGCUCGGCGCGGACGUGUACUUCAGUAAGACGAAAGAACUUUGGAAGCCGGGCGUGCAGUUGAGUCGCUUCUAUGAUUUCGCGCAAGGCUUAAUGAAGAAGAGCUACAAGGAUGUGUGCAAUUUAACCAUAGUGGAUAAAACAGACGAUUGCGUUUUGUCUGUGACGGGAGGAAACCAUUCCGGACACGAGAUGGCGGCCUUCGCUGGGCCUGAACAACUGAGGCACCGCCUCGUAACGUCGUAUCGCUACGAGAUGGCCCGACGUCCUGUUGUUAUCUACGACAUCGAGCUGGACGACUACGAGGGUGUCUGCCAUAAUACCGAGUGGCCACUCAUCCGUACCUUUACUGAGCCAUUUAACAAAAGCUUUGGAUACCUCUAAGAUAAACGUGCAGCGUCUGUGAAACGCUAAUGUUUAACCCACAUUGUCAAAGCAACAGAAUAAAGAGGAGAGUCACCAAUGCGAACGCGACUCCCAGACAAUUGGUUGCUCGAAGUUCUCCUUGUUACCUCAACUCUUGAAAGCAAAAGCUACCGCAAUCAUUAUUCGCUUCAUUGCUCAGAAUCGAAAUGCGCUGUGUUAUUAUCGUAUACAAUGUGACACGUGAAUAUUGUUUUAGGAUGGUUUUAUGACCAAU